AUGACUGAGUUACCGACACAGAGAAGGUCGGCUUUGGAGUAUAUUCACGACGCAAAGAGGAGGCCGGAGCGGCCUUAUGUGACGAUAUGCGCGCCUAUGGUCCGAUACAGCAAGCUGCCAUUCAGGGAGUUGGUGCGAGGCUAUGGAGUGGAUAUCGCCUACACACCCAUGAUCCUCGCCGACGUUUACAAGCACUCCCAAAUAUCCCGCGACCACGAAUACCGCACCAACAAAGCCGACGACCCCGUCGUCAUCCAGUUCGCCUCCUCGACACCAGGCGAUCUAGCCGAUGCCGCGGAGCUUGUCGCGCCGUACGCCAACGGCGUGGAUCUCAACUGCGGAUGUCCGCAAAAAUGGGCCGUGCAGGAGAAGAUCGGGAGUUACCUGAUGGAGCAACCGGAGCUUGUGCGGGAGAUGGUGCGGCAGGUCAAAGCGCGGACGAAUGGGUGUGAGGCCGGCAACGGCAGCACGACGGGGGGUGGGUUACCUUGUUCCAUCAAGAUCCGUGUACACCGCGACCCACGCAAGACGGUCGAGUUUGUGCGCAGGGCAGAAUCCGUUGGCGUCGACUGGGUCACGGUGCAUGGCCGCACACGACAUCAGAAAUCGUCCGAGCCCGUCUCGCUGGAUGCCAUUAAGCUGGUCAAGGAGCACGCCAGCCCCUCGAUGCCCGUCCUCGCCAACGGAGACGUGUUCUCGCUCACCGAUGCCGACCGGAUCGUUGACUACACGGGAGUUGACGGUGUGAUGGCCGCGAGAGGGCUGUUGGAGAAUCCAGCGUUGUUUGCGGGGUACGAGCAUACCCCGAUUGAGGCCGUGCAGAAGUUUGUGAGGUUGAGCACGGGGUAUGGGUCAGCGCAUUUCAUCCUUCAUCACCAUCUUAUGUAUAUGCUGGAUUCCUCGAUGAGCAAAGCAGAAAAGAAAACUUUCAACGUUCUCACAUCAACACCCGGGGUCAUCGAUUAUUUGUCGGAGCAUUACGGUCUAGAAUUCCCACGUAAACUAUGA